AUGAAGCUUGCUACCCUAUUCCUAAACGCUCUUCAGAGUCUUCAGGAACCUGUCAUUGUAUCCAAGCCAUCAAGUCCAUGUUCUCUCGAAUUCUCUACGUCGUGGGAGGUCAUAGAAGCAACAUGGGGUGCUGACCCACUCGAAUACUAUGGCGGCUUUCGCUCCUUGAACUAUGACAAGGAUGCGAAAUUUCCGAGCUCGCUGGCCCCUAAUGCAACUGUCUCCUGGUCUUCCCUCACAGCCCAACAGUCGUCCUGCGACACUCGGUCCGCUCAUAUCGAUCUGUCUGUAGCAUUUCCUGAUAUCGAUCUGGCUUUUCUUCAACGCAUCUAUGGUUGGGCGGCUCUUCAGUACCAAGGUUGGGCUCGAGGCCGUCUUCGUGUCAAUGGCGAGAAGCUUCAAACCUUGAAUCUUGCAACAGACAAUCUCCUAGAGUUCUAUCUCGAUGGACAGCAUCACUUCGGCGGAGACUACUAUGCCUUUCGACGAGCCCCACUCGUCUUACAUCUUGAGCCAGGAGACCACAUCAUCGAUCUACGCUUUGUUCGUGAUGUGCGAGCGAUGGGUGGCGUAGGCUCUCCAACGAUUGAUAUGCAUCUCGAAGCGCGAUCAUCAACCAAGAAUCUUCACCUCGCUGCAGACAACGCUCUCAUGCCUGACAUGGUCAGCGGACAUUUGGCAAGCAUGCUGGGUUCUAUCCAGGUUCGCAAUGAUCAUGCACUACAUGACAUUGAGAUCUUUGAGGUCUCUGCAAACGAUAGCUCUUACUUUGUGUGGUUGCUACAACCUGACAAUUUCCGAGUCGUUGCUGGACAGACCAGGCAUGUGUCUCUGGCCAUUUCAUGCAAGACGAACUGCAGUCAGUAUCUUGGUAUUGAUAUCGAAUACGGAACCGUAGGUCAAGGUCGCUCUCAAGCUUCUGUUCUGCACCUUGAUCAUCAUUUUACCCAGCGAGAGUUGUACGAACCAUUGAAGGUGACUUUUUAUCAUCCUGGGGGAAUGGUGUCCUAUGCAAUUCUGAAGCCUCCAUCCUCACACAUCUCCUGUCCUCUAGACUCGGAAGGGUUGUUGCCCGUGUUGUUGCAGCUACAUGGUGCCGGUGUAGAGGCCGACAAUGACAUCGUAAGGCAUGCUCUAGAUUCGCUGGACCUCUGUGCUUGGGCUGUGUUUCCUACAGGUUCGACUGCAUGGAGUGGCGACGACUGGCAUAUCUGGGGCUUCGCGGAUGUAGAGGCAGCAGUCAAAGCAAUACCCGGAUGGAUAGAAAACAUUGGUUGGGACGGACCUGGUGUGAACACGAAGCGUUGGCUUGUUGCUGGUCAUUCCAAUGGCGGACAAGGAACGUGGUAUGCUUUGACGCAUCGCCCUGACAACAUCUUCGCAGCUGCCCCUAUUUCUGGUUACUCAUCUAUUCAAAUGCCUCCUGCGGUGCGCGCCCUCCUGGAUGCGUCCUUGAGCAGUUACCGACAUGAGCUGUUGCUGGAGAAUGUGAAGGGUAUCCGCAUCCUACAACAACAUGGCAGUAUCGACGACAACGUCCCAGCUUUCCAUUCGCGGCUGAUGAACCAACUCAUAAGACAACAGGGUGCAAACUCGUCGUACAUGGAGCUUCAAGGAAGGAAUCACUGGUUCGACGGCAUCAUGACAACGGAGCCUCUGAGCGAGUUCUUUGUGCAAGAACUCAACGACCUAGCACAACACUUACGUGCCCCUGAGGCUUUCACCCUGGCAGUCGCAAAUCCAGCAGACUCAGGUCCAAAGUUCGGAGUAGAGAUUCUUCAUCUGCGUCGUCCGGGCCAGCUUGGAAAGAUUCACAUCUCCUUUUCCUCGUCCGAAUGCUUUCUUCGAAGCUCUAAUGUCCUGAGCUUACGAUUGCCCAGCAUAUAUCCUCGAACACAUGGCAUUGUUGUCGAUGGUCAAAGGAUAGAAAUCUCUCUUCAGGCCACCAGCACUGAUUUGUGGCUUUCCCUGAAUGGUACCUGGGAGGUUCUUUCGGAGCAUCAAUCAAUGGCGUUACGGGACAGGAAUCAAUUAGGCGGUAUGGAUGCAAUUUUCCGGACCCAGAACACUCUGCAGAUCAUCAGCUAUUCUCAGCAGGCACGCCAUACUGCUGUCCAAAUAUCUCGAAACUUCUGUCAAUACCUCGGUGCCGAUACAGAAAUCCGGGAAUCUGGAACGGGACACCCAAGGCAGUAUAGCAACAUUGUUCGUGUUGUUGUGUCGAGCGAUAUACCUCCUGGUCAUCUCGAAAAUUUCGCCUUGCAAGUGGACUCUUCCAAUGGCGUCAGCAUACGCACAUUGAUCGGCCAGAUGAACUACCCUAACUCGGCAGGUCUGGGCGCCAUAUUCUUGAGGCCGCUGCCGGAAGGAGCGGUAGAGCUGGUAGUAUGGGGUUAUGAUGCAGACGGUUUGGACGUAGCAUCGCGCCUUGUACCCAUGCUCCCCGGAGUCGGACAGCCAGACUUUGUUGUAGCAGAUGGGCGGAUGCUUCAGGAAGGUGCGGGUGGUGUCCUGGCAAUGGGUUCUUUUGAUCACCUAUGGAACGUCACAGAGACUUCGUACUUUACUUGA